UCGAGCUUAAACCACGGUACGUUGUGCAUGUGUCGUCUCGCUACGGGGCAGCGCGUUUUCUCGACCACGAACAGCGGCAUUACGUGUGUAUGCUUUCGAGUGGGGAGGGCUGACGCACCACCGACCCGGGUUGGAUGCGUGUUUUGUUACUUGAGAAAAAGGGUCGACCGAUCGUGACGACAGCGUCUGUGUUUGUGAGUGUGUGUGUGUGUGUAUGUGUUCAUGUGCAACCCGAGUGACAGGUGCAGAGGAUCGGAGCAGAUUUCGAAGUUCCCUACGGUGAAAUACGUUCACAGUGCAGUGCAUCUUCGACCAACUUAAAUGGAUCGCCCCGCAUCGUCGUUAUCGUCAUCGCGGGCGAUGCAUUCAGAAGCGAUCACCACCACCCGGCCUGUCAUUAUUGUGAGUCAGUGAGUGAGUGCAACGGGGCCGUGCCAAAGUGCCGAGCAAUCGCGUGUGAGAACGAACGGAUCGUGUGUGUGUGUGUGUAUGUGUUUGUCUGUGUGUUGCAGUGUGUGUGUGUGUGUGUAACCUACGGAAGGACGUCAGAACGAUACCAGCCUGAAAGGGAAGCGGCGUUAAUAUCAGCAACAAAACCGGGGGCGCAGCAUCAGCAUUCAGCUGCCAUUUCUACCAUCAGCGGCAUCGCGACGGACCCAGCUUUAAUCUCGCGCACCCGAUCUGGGACUGUUUUUAAAUCAUUAUCAUCACGCCCGUCCCGGGCCAGCAUCGAAAAGCGGGGGCUGAUCUCGGCCGAUCGGUGCGCUUCCAGUACGCCCGGCCGAAUGGUUGCCUUUGCACGUUGAUUAGCGGAUUUCCAUUAUCCGGCCAGCCGUCAGCGAAGGGACGACCGCUUACUACUUUGUUACUGGGGCGAGUGAGUGCAGCACCGGCUGCUUGCGCGAAGAUUGGUGCAAACUGAUUUGCGAACCCGGGCCCGGUCGCUACCGGCAAAACUCAAUCAGCACUCGCUCGAGCGUUCGAGAAGAAGUAUGACGCGGUGGCUACGCUCGCACGGGAAGCACACCGACAGGCCAGCCAGCGUGACAUCGCGACCGGACGCGGCGACACCAGCGGAAAUGACUAUCAGCAGCAGCACGGCCGCUCGAUCGAUGGCAUCGAUCGUCACGAAACGGGACCAGCAGCAGCAGCAGCACAACAACAGGCACGAUCGGCUACCAGAACGGUCGAGAACGCAGCAUCCAGUAAUGAUGGUGACCAGCUUUCUGGGCCAGACAACAGUCCGGCCGGCCGGCAGCUUGUUGCUGCUGGCAAUACUUCUCGUGACCUCUUGUGCCGUUCUACCCGGCGUCGAGGGCAAGCAGCAACUGUGCGAGGUGGAAACGGGCCAGUCCAGCAUUAUACUGGACAUUGAGGAAAGCCGGGGAAGCUCCGUGGCGCAACAUACGAACCCACCGGAGCUACCGAUCUCGGGCGACCCGACCGAUGACAUCACCCUGGAGCUGGUCUUCCCAAAGGGCAAACCGACCUUCCUGCUCGACGGCAAAUCUUUGCGCCUGAUCCAUCCACUAGAUCGCGACGAGGAAAAUCUCAGCCACAUCGUAUUCCAGAUAACCUGCAUGGUGCGGUCGACGCGUCGCAAGCGCAACAUUCCAAUAAUCGUCCGAGUGUCGGAUGUCAACGAUAAUCCGCCGAUGUUUAUCAACACACCCUACGAAACGACCGUCCCGGAGUCGACACCGGUCGGGACGACGAUCUUCCGCAGCAUCCAGGCGACGGACAAGGAUGCCGGUGUCAACGGGCUGGUCGAGUACUUCAUCGUCGAGGGUUCGCAAAACAUUUCGGACAUCUCGCCGAACACGCUGACGGCGGCGGACGGUUUCGGGGUGUUUGCCAUCGCCUACCCUCACCAAGGCCAGGUCACCGUGGUCAAGACGCUGGAUUACGAGCGGACGCAGCGCUACUACCUGACCAUCGUUGCAUCGGAUCGUUCUCGCAACGCUUCCGAACGGCUGUCCGCGACCACGACGCUAACGAUCGACAUUGCCGACUCGGACGACCAAGAUCCGUCGUUCAUCUAUCGCGGCUGCGUGCUGCUCGAUGGUGCCUGCCUCAACCCGGAGUACAGUGCGUCCGUGCCGGCCGGUACGCUGCAGGGUGUGCUGACGGUGACGCCCGAGCGCAUCCAGGCGGUCGAUCUCGACACGAUCAGUGCCCCGAUCCGGUACAGCUUCCUGAGCGGCAUACCCGGCAACUAUGGCGACUACUUCGAGAUCGAUCCGCAAACGGGCGUGCUGAAGCAGACGAAGCUGGUGGACGGUUCGGUGACGGCGAAAAAGUUCGACAUCGUCGUGAAGGCGGAGGAGGUCUCCGAUAUGAAGCGCUUCACGACGGCGAAGCUGGCGAUACACGUGAAGCCGGUCGAUGCGUACCCACCGAUGAUAAGCAUUACCGCGACGGAGGGCUUUGUGGAUGAAAACUCCCCCAUCGGGACGGUCGUGAUGGAUGCGCACGGUAGCCCGAUCAAGCUGUCCACCACCGAUCAGGACCUGGGACCGGACGGGGAGGGCAUGGAGUACAUCUACGAGGUAACGACACCGUCCUUUACCGUGUCGAAGGAGGGCGUGCUGCGCGUGAACGAGGAAGGGCUGGACCGCGAUCCGCCCAGCCCGGGCAAGUACCUGUUCCAGGUGGUGGCCCGCGAGGCGAGCGGCAAUGCGGCCAGCGCCCCCAUGAGCCUGACCGUCCAUCUGCGCGACGUGAACGACAACGCACCGCGGCUGGCGAUGGUCGCGCCGGUAACGCUGAUGGCCGGGGACGGUCGCCGGCUGGUGACGCAGGUGCACGCCACCGAUAACGAUGCGGCCGAGAAUGCCGCCAUCACGUACUCGAUCUUCCACGUGUCGAACAAUGGGGCGAGCAAGUUUGGUAUCGAUCCGGCGACGGGCGAAAUCGAAACGCGCACCCGGCUGAACGCGGGCGAACAGUACAGCAUCACGGUGCAGGCGUCGGACGUCGGCGGGCUGUCGUCGCAGGCGAUCGUCGAGGUGACGAUCACGCCCGGGCCGAACACGAAACCGCCCCGCUUCGCCCGUCCCGUGUACGAGGUGCAGGUAAGCGAGGGAGCGGAAAUCAACUCCACCGUGAUCGUGCUGAAGGCGGAAGAUCCGGAAAAUGACCCAGUCAGCUAUGCGAUCACGACCGGGAACGAUCUGCGCCAGUUCUCGAUCGGCAAGGACAGUGGCGUGAUCAGCGUGAUCCGCAAGCUCGAUCGGGAGGAUCUGACCCGCUACCAGCUGAUCGUGCGGGCCGAGGACAACGGUGGGUUGGCGAGCAGUGCCACCGUGAACAUCAAGGUGACGGACAUCAACGACAAGAAUCCGGAGUUUGACGAGCGCCAGCUGCCGUACGUGUUCGCGGUGGACGAGGGGCGGGAGAACGUGCCGAUCGGGACGGUGCGCGCGACCGAUGCGGACGAGGGCAUGAACGCGGAGAUUACGUACACGGUCCCGUCGGACAUACCGUUCCGGAUCGAUUCGCGGACGGGCGAGGUGCGCACGAAGGUGGCGCUGGAUUACGAGAAGCAGAAGGAGUACCGGUUCGUGGUGACGGCGAAGGAUGGGGCGCCGGAACCGCGGCUCGGCACGGCCAGCGUCACGGUGAAGGUGCGCGAUGUGGCGGACGAGGUGCCCCGGUUCAUGGAGUCGACGGUGGAGAUUAAGGUGCCGGAAAACGUGCCGGACAUGACGGUGACAACGGUGCGCGCGUUCGAUCCCGACACGAAGCCCGAAAUUACGUACACGCUGAGGCGCGGGCCGGGCGAUCUGUUCAAGGUGGACGCGCGCACGGGCCAGAUCAAGACGAUCCGGGGGCUGGACUACGAGAAGGACAAAAUGCACGAGCUGCUGGUGGGCACGCUGGAGAACAAUGGUACCGGGGCGGGCGAUUACGUUCGCGUACUGGUGGAGGUGGAGGACCGGAACGAUAUACCGCCGGUGUUUGUGUCAAUCCCGGAGCCGGUUAGCAUCAAUGACAAUCUGCCGAUCGGGGCGAUCGUCGGUUCGAUGCCGGCGGUCGACGGGGAUGGGUCGUCGCCCGGGAACGUGGUGCGGUACGAGCUGGUCGGGCGGGGCAAGGCGCUCAAGUACUUCCAGGUCGAUGCCGACUCGGGCAUCGUGCGCAUCCGGGACGAUCUCGGCAAGGAGGAGGACAGCGAGUAUCUGAUCGAUGUGCGGGCGUUCGAUAUGGGCGAGCCGCAGCUGAGCAGCGUCUCGACCCUGCCCGUCUACGUGGGCCACAUACCGGCCAACCCGAACGGGGAUUCGGCCGAAUCGCGCCUAGAGAGCGGUGGCAUCGUCAACCUCGAGGUGCAGGGGCUCGCGUUCAGCGACGACAGCUACACGACGAGCGUGCCCGAAUCGACCGGGGUGAACGCAACGAUCAAGCUGAUCCAAAUCAUCAACUCGAAGAAGGCGACCAAACACAACGGCGGCUUUAGCUGCGAGCUGGCGGGCGAUGAUACGGUCCGGCGGCUGUUCCGCGUCACGAUCGAGGACCAUGCCUGCGCGCUGGCCCUGGUGGCACCGCUCGACUACGAGGCGGCCACCAGCCACCAGCUCGAGGUGCGGCUGGCGUCCAGCAAGUACUUUGUCAAUCAGCACAGGAAUGCCGCCACCGUGAAGGUGAUCGUGCAGGACGAAAACGACAACGUGCCGCAGUUUGUGAUCCCGCGGACGUACCAGCAGAGCGCACGGAACGACACGUACUACGCGGUGAUCGGGGCGGACGCGGACAUCGAUACGCCGGUGCUGCAGGUGAAGGCAACCGACCGGGACAUGGGACCGUACGGGCAGCUCAAGUACGCGCUGCUCGAUGUGGACGGGCAGGCGAACGAGAUCGCGCCCGAGGACGCACCGAGCACGUACUUCACGGUGAGCGAAGACACCGGCAUGCUGAAGACGCAGAAACCGCUGCAGCAGGUGCGCCAGACGCCGCUCGUGUUUUUGGUGGAGGCGCGCGACAACAAUGGCAACGCGACGGCCGGUGCGAUCGUGCACCGGGCCCGGGCCCGCGUCGUGGUGAACCUGAUCGCCGACAUCAACCGGAUGGCGCUCGUCUUUCUCGACUCGAACCCGAAGGACAUGCGGCGGCACGCGCGCAACCUCGAGGAGCUGCUGCACGAGAAGACGGACGGUUUGAUCACGGGCAUUGAGCGGUUCGCGGUGCGGAAGGUGCUGAACGAAAACGGCACCGCCGAGGAGGUGGCCGGAGCGACGGAUGUAUGGUUCUAUGCCGUUGAUCCGCAAACGGAACGCAUUCUCGAGCGCAACUCCAGCACGAUCGCGAAGCGCAUCUUUGCGCCCGCCGUCCUGUCGCAGAUCAACUUCGAAGCGUCCAGCAUUGCGCGAGCGACGGCCCAGGGUAUCUUCGGGCCGAUCGAGCCAAAGCUACCGAUACAGAAGAUCAAGGCGACUAUCGUGGGCAACGAGGACGUGUUCCCGUUCGCGCUGAUUGCCGUCGCGAUCGUCAUUCUCAUCCUCGGUUCCAUCGGUAUCGUGUACAUUUGCAUCUCCUGGUCCAAAUACAAAAACUUUAAGCAAAGAAUGCGCCAGUAUACUGCGCCCGCUACUAGCCCCGUACGCUACGAUCCGGUCAUGAUCAACUCCCAGCAGCAGCCCCCGUCGGACAAUCCGACCAGCCUGAAGGAGUACGAAACGCAGGUGCUGGCGAUGGCCGUACCGCUCGCCGACGAGGGUGACGAUCUGCAGCUAGACUUUAGUGCAAAAAACCACGCCUUUAGCCUCGACAACGUUAGCUACAUUACGCACAAGGAAAAUGGUCAGCACAGUCCUACAAAUUCCGACGCAACGACCGCUGUUGUUGGUACGCUGCAGCGCAACAAUAACAACAACACGAAGAACAACAAUAAUCUCAACAUUAACAACCGCCAGAACACGCUCAACCGAACGCUCGAGAUGAACCGCAACAACUAUCUGAAUCCGCUCGGUUCCGGCGGUAAUGGGGGCCCGGUAGUGCCCGGCACGCUCACGCUCGGGCGCAUCAAAUCCGAGCGCAAUAACUACAUCAACGGAUACGGGGACACGCUCAAUCGAAACAAUUUAACGAUGGCCCAGAACAACACCUUCAACACGCUCGGUCGCAACCAGCGGAACAUCAACCAUGCACCGCACCACAACAACGCCAACCACGGGUCGAACAACGUGAACCUGAACCAGGGCCACCAUCACCACCCGAUGCACAACGGGGGCCCAGGUGUGGGUGGUUACGCGGGGACGGAGAUAGUGACCAACACGCUGGGGCGCAACAAUCGCUACAACGAUGUGCCAAUUACGAAUCCUCUGUUUCACAUUCGCCAAAACGGAGACCUACAGUCACAGCCGCAGCUGAACCAUAUCAGCCCCACAAACGAAAACGUUAGCUUUGGCAAGCGCGACUACAACCAGCUGUCCUUCUCCUACCUAAACGAUCUGGAUCGAUCCGACGCGGAAACUACAACCGAGCUGUAAAAACAGAAAACUCCCCUCCCCUGCGGUGUAGUGCCAGCGGUAGGCACUAUCCUACCGGCUAGAAAAGCUCCAUUCAAUACUGUGUCCGUCACGUCUCUGUGUGGAAAUGGGAAAUGGGGACGAGAAUGUGCGAAUUCCCUUGCACGGGACGUUAGCACAGUGAGAUAGUGGUAAAGUUGGCGUAUCUCAGGCAAUAUCGAAAUAUGUCUCUUGCCUUAACGAUCAAAGUUUGAGCUAGCGCCUGUAAAAUAUUGUGACAUAUGUGGCAUUUUAUCUACUAUUGUUUUUUUUUUGUUUGUGUUUUUAACUCCUCCUUCUACGGUUUUAUGUUUAUAGUUACUAAUUUAAACGUUUCUCAAGCUCUUUUUUAUCGAAACGCCCAUUCCCGUGUAGGUGUAGAUUAGUAAGCAAUUUUAAAAGACAAACAAGAAGAAUAAGAAAAUGAAAAUGAAGAAGAAGAAGAAGAAGAAGAAGAAGAAGAAGAAGAAGAAGAAGAAGAAAAACGCUAGUUUAUAAUGAGAAGGCAAAUGUGUACAAUAGUAGCAGUAGAUAGAACGAAACGAACGAAUGAAAGAUGCACCAUUAAGGUGCUCUGUGUUAAGUGAAGAAUGGAGUAAGAAGAAUGGAUAGUGCGAUGUUAUAUUUAUUAUUACAAUACUUGCUAACUAGAGUAUGGGAAGGGGCUAGCAACCGGCCUCAAUAUUAGCAAAGCAGGAGAGUAUACCACCGGCUUUUAUUUUAUUACUCUCCGGCAAUAGAAAAUUAGUAGUUCGUCAACACACUAGAGUGAUCUGUAGGCGACGAACUUUUCUAGCGAACGUGCGGCGCAAAAAAUGGAGAUUAUGUUCGCUUAGGUAGCAUGUAGCAGUGUAAAUAUUUACAGUCAUUUAAUUAGUAAGCACCAUGGUCAAUAGGUAGGCUCGUUUUGAAUCGAAACAUUCCAUCGAAAAUGACGCAAGCGUGAGACGUAAGCUCAAAAUCGUGCAUUGUCGCUUACACACACGCGCGCUUUCUGAUUGCAGGAGUUUGUGUGUGUGUGUGCGUAAAGCAAGCAGAACUGAUCGAUUUAAACAGAAUAAACCCAACUUCCUUAGUUAGUGGACACCGGAGUGUGUGUCCAGAAUUACCGUAGUACUCCAUUAAACACCAGGGACAUG